GCCCUUGAAAUUUGCGUUGCCAUAAACGACAAAGCUUUAGAACCACCACCGAGUUCCUCUCUCCCCUGAAAAUUAAGGUUUACGAGCACUUCUUCAGGCCCUUCCUUCCUUCCUUGUAUAUAUCUCUGCUGUAGUUUCUCUCUUUAAGCCCUCAGCCUACUAUAAACUUCAAUUACCUGAAUUGGGUAUCCUUUUUUGGUUCCUUCUUCAUCUGGGUCUCUUCCAAAAUCGCCAAAAUAUAAGACUAAGAGGAAGACUUGUUACUAGCUCUGGGAAUUAGGGUUUACUUUUUUUUUUUUUGAAGUAAUGGAGGCUUAUAAAAGAUGGGUUAGGGAGAACAAGGAGUAUGUGCAAUCACUGGAGUCUCUCGCCAACGGUUUGACAUGGCUUCUCCCUGAACGAUUUUCUACUUCAGAGAUAGGACCGGAAGCAGUAACUGCUAUUUUUGGCAUAAUUACGGCUAUCAACGAACACAUAAUUGAAACAGCUCCUCCCCCAAAGCAUGCGGGCCCUGCAGAGCCUAAUUCAUUCCCGUAUCCGUUGUGCAUAUCUGCAUUGAAAGAAUUGGAAACAUUGGUUGAAGUUGCAGCUGAAGAUUAUUUUGGAGAGAAGAAGAAAUGGAAUUUUAUUGCUCUUAUGGAGGCCACCAAGGUGAUAGUUAAAUUAGCUUUGCUUCGGAGUAGUGGAUAUAAGAUGCUUCUCCUUGGAGGAGAGACACCAAAUGACGAAAAGCACUUAAAAUCUUCAACUCCUCCUCAUGAAAUUGAUGGUUUCGCAAAGCCGGUGGGGAACCAGAGACCUGGUUACUUGAAUAAUUAUGGACAAAACCCAUGGAAUCUAGAAGGAAGAGCACUAUCAGCAUUGAAUAGGUUUGGAGAAAAUGCUAGGACAGUCUCCAACCCAGCAUGGUUGCGUAGAGUGCAACAUCAACAUGCAAUAAUUGAACCCCCAAGUCCAGUGGUUGAAAGGCCAACCCUUUCCACCAUAUUAGCUGAAAAGGGUCUUCCUGGGGCAUUGUUCAUUGCAGGGGAAGUGUUAUUUAUCACAAGACCCCUUAUCUAUGUUUUAUUUAUUCGAAAGUAUGGAAUUCGAUCAUGGAUUCCUUGGUUUCUUUCAUUGUCUGUUGACUUAAUUGGUUCGGGAGUUCUUUCACAAGUCACGUCUCAGGUGGGUGGUAAAAAAGAGAAGAUUCAUCUUUCAGCACCAGAACAGCAAGAGAUUAAGAGACGCAAGGUGUUGUGGGCAUUUUACCUUGUGAGAGAUCCAUUUUUUACCAAGUAUAUCAGGCAAAGACUUGAAAGAACCGAGAAGGUUUUGGAACCUGUACCUGCUAUUGGGUUUCUUACUGGGAAAAUUGUAGAGCUUCUUGUAGGAGCUCAGACUCGGUAUACAUAUACAUCAGGCUCAUAAGAUGAAAACCCUAGCGAGCUAAUGAAUUAAUGCUUCUUGUAGCUCAGAUUUCGGUGGUAGAAGAAAGGAAGUAGGUUCUUAUAGUUGCCCCUCGACUUUGGGGAAUAGUUUGUACGAUCUCUGAUAUGUUUAAUUAUUUUCAUAUGGUUAAAGAAACGAAAUGAAGAUUUAGAUGACCUAGUUGUAUUUGAAUAAACAAAAAGUUUAAUAAAAUUUUAGAAGCCCUGCUUAAUAUUUUUUGCCA